AUGUGGGUCCGUCCCAGCGCCAUACACUCUCGCAGACUGCUCUUCUCGUCCGCCUGCGGCCACUCACGCUCGACUCUGGGCAGUUUGCGAGUCUUCACGUCCGCCCGUGUAGCGCUGCACGCGGCGGGAUCUCCUUCCGUACCCGUCAAUGAAGCACUUGGUACCGGACACGGUCAUGGCUUCGCACAUGCUGGCCACGGCCACGGAUUGGGACCUGUCGGUCUGGUUCCGCCCACCGAAGACGACCAGGCCGCCUACUCCGAUUUCAUGCCCAUCGUGCCACCCGAGUGUCUGCGCGUGCAACAGGGCUUACAGACCGAGGGCCGCAACACCUCCGUAGGCCCAUCCUCCUUCACCGCCAUGUUCCGAGACAUGUCACCCUACAUUAAUUUCCAUCGAGGCACCACUAUGGUCAUUCAUCUACCGGGGCAAUUGGUCGAAUCCAACCUUUUUGGCGCCGUCAUGCACGACAUUGCAUUACUCAAUACCUUCGGCGUCAAGCUGGUUCUAGUGGCUGGUUCGAGGCCGCAACUUAAUCGCCAACUGUCACUCCGGAAGCUCUCGCAGAGAUUCGACUGCGGCAUGCGCAUCACGGGACCCAUGGAGCUCCAAUGUGCAAUGGACGCAGCAGGCUCUGUACGGUUUCAGAUUGAAAGUUACCUCGGGCGAGGAAUUGUCAACUCUCCGGGACGUGCCAGAACUAUAAACAUUGCUUCGGGUAACUUUAUCACGGCACAACCGGUGGGUGUGCGAGGGGGUGUGGACUUUAAGAACACAGGAGAAAUGCGACGACUCAAUGUGGAUAAGGUGCGCACUGCACUGGACGACGGCGAUAUUGUGCUCAUUUCGAGCAUCGGCUACAGUGCCAGCGGUGAGGUCUUCAACUGCCUCUCGGAGCAGGUGGCUAGCAAGUGCGCUAUUCAGUUGGGGAGUGCUAAGCUUAUCUUUCUGCAUAAUGGCGAGGAACUAAUCGACUCGCGAUCCAACUCAGUCGUGCAGACUCUGGUCAUCGAGCAGGCUCAACAGUAUGUCGAACUGGCUCGACAAAACCCAGAUAUUAGCGGUGACUUCUUGCUAUACCUGAAGGAAUCUAUCAAGGCGUGCGUCAAUGGAGUCAAACGCUCGCAUCUUGUCAGUCGGCACGUGGAUGGUGGUUUACUACAGGAACUUUUUACCCGAGAUGGCGAAGGUCUUAUGAUCACAAAGCACAUGUACGAAGGGAUCCGCAUGGCUACAACUAAUGAUAUCGUGAGCAUCAUGCGCCUCAUCCAGCCUUUGCUAGACGAUGAUGUGCUCGUGUCGCGCGACCAGGAACAGAUUGAGAGUAACGUCGACACGUUUACAGUUGUGGAGCGCGACGGUGCUAUCAUCGCUUGCUGCACACUUCAACCCUACGAAAACAACUUUGCCGAGAUGGGUUGUGUGGCUGUGGAUUCCACGUACCGCAACCUCGGCAAGGGGAAUGCUAUGCUAGGCUACAUUAUGCGCAAGUCGGCAGCUAUGGGCGUCACCAAGCUCUUUGUGUUAACGACACGAACGGCUCAUUGGUUUUUAGAACGCGGCUUUGUGGAGGCCACAGUGAAUGACUUGCCUCCAUCGAAGCUGGCCAAGAUCGACCUGAGGCGCAAGUCCAAAGUCUACAUUUGCGACAUCAGCACCAAGAAAGCUCUUGACGAGAAGGAGCUGCUGCUUCAGAUGGAAUAA